AUGGCCCCAUCUAAUGAAAAUGCAUUAAUCAGAGAUUUAGAUGAUUUGAAAGCCGAAAUAGUCGAUGCUCUAGAUAAGAAAUAUGAACAGUUCAAGAUGGCAGAGAUUGAUAAUGAGGCUUUUGAAGAGAAGAUUGUUCAAUUGCUGUCCGCAAUUCAAAAUUUAUGUUCCCAGAGAAAAUCAAUUGAACCUGCUGGCCAAUCACAGUCUGGCAGUCUAAAAUUAGCACAGUCAGUUAAAACUCUGCAAUCGUGUCGAUACCUUUUAAAUUUGGACGAGUUACUGAAACAAAUGAAUAAAAAUUUCUCAAAAAGCUUUCUAAAAGAAGUUUUCAAUUUACUGGAAGGAAGCCUGAAGGCAAAAAAGGCACUGCCAGUCGUCUCAGCUAUCAUGCUUAGGGGUACCGAAAUUUUGAGUCGGGUAACUAGGAGAUAUAAAAUGAUGUUCUUUGAGUGCAUUCAUUGGGAAAAAUCACCUGUUGAGCUGAAGUGGCGCGUCAAAGUUGAUAAGGCAUCGGUCAACCAGCAGACUUGGAUCGAGGCCCUAAAAACCCUGGAGAAACUCAACCAACUUGAACCUCUCCUUACCCAGUUAUUCGAUGACCUCAUGACCUACUUCGUUGACCCAAUUCUGAACCUCAAUAAAAACUUAACCUCCGACCUAGUUAACGAUGAGGUGGUGGUUAGGAUUGACCCAAUUUCAACGCGUGACCCGAAUUCAGAGACCACACUUUUCAUGCGAGUGCGUGUACUGACCAAUCUGCUAUUUAUAGCCCUCAAGAUGACACACACACCUGAAUUCUCAUUGGUCGAAAGAUUUGGUUCGAACGGAAGGGCAUGUAAACUGUUCGAAACUAUCAUCGGUCACUUGGAUUCGAAAUCGGGUCAAGUUGAAGGUUACGCUCUGAAAGAGGUUAAAGGCCAAUUGAACUUAGCUAAAACAAAAGGCUUCAUCAGCGAGGCUGAUUUAAAGAAGAUGCUAGUGAAGUUGGAUGUGAAGAUUGUGCCAAACGAGUAUGAUAGAAUGCUUGCGAAAUGUCAGGAGGUCAUCAAGUGCCGCCUGCCUAAUUCUAUUUCCGUCGGAGUUAAGAAUGACGUCGGUGAUGACGUCACGAUGGGAAAACCCAUUUGGGAGGCGGUCGAGGAGUGUUUGCACGAGGAUUUAAGGUUUCCAGAAUGCUCUGUGAGGCAGAAUUUUAAAUUACCGUGCGGACUUUCCUACUACGACGUUAUAGUAUCUUUGGAUGGGCAAGCAACUUCCUGUCUGAUGGAGUUCACUCUCUCGAAAGCGAGAUGGAUGGAUAGUUGCUGGGGCGAGACUGACCUCAGAUUUGACCCCAAUUAUGACCCGACCUUCUUGGAAAAGUUCACUAGCACCGUUAAAAUCGUCGACUCUGUUUCCAAGAUCUGGGCAUCUGUCCUUCAUAAAGAUAUCUACCUUAAGAGCUUAGGAGCCCUGUGUAACUCCAUGGUUCAAAUUAUCACUGAUAGAUUCCUCACCAUAGCAACAAACAACAACAAAGAUAUUAGCAACAUAGAUAUAAACAAAGACGACGACAACAAUAACAGCAACAAACUGAAACAACAACCAAACAUAGAGCUAAUAAAAUUUUUCCAUUCGUCCCUACAAUCCCUCGAAACGUUCGUCACAUCGCUAUUCUCAGACGACAAGAAGGUUUCGCCAGAUGGGCUAGUCAAAUUGGCACCCAAAAUGAAAAAACUCGAAGAGAUGAGGUUCAUUUUAGAACCUUUCUGCUCACCUAGGGGUGUCAUAAACAAGUGGGGUGCCAAAAAGGAGCCAAAUAAUAUCAAUGGAAUUUUGAGUAAGGAGGAAUUAAGGGUGCUGAUUGAGCUGGUAUUUCAUGGUGCCGAUAGAGAAAAAUUGUUGUAUACAUUUUGUUGAGGUGAAUGCCGAAUAUCAAACUAAUGUGGAUUCUAAAAUACUGAUAUGAUAUGAUAUUCUACUAAUUUGAAUAUUUUAAAAAAUGUUUUAUCUUUUUGGUCUUAGUGUGAAGCUUUUUUUUUCAUUUUUUAAAUCGAAACAUUGGAAG